AAAAACCUUCUCUCAUUGUUGCGCGCCGUCAGUGAACGAGUCGCACGCAUUUAAACAGAGAUCUUCGCAAUCGCCACAAUUUAUUUACAGCUUCUAAUGUGAAAGAGCCAUAUUCCUUAGUCUAAACUUCUCUUAAAGGUGAUAACGAAUUAUUGGUAUUGGUUGCUGGUCGCUCCAUCUGAGCUCAAACGGUGUCAGACGACACUGCCAUUGAUAACACUUUCAUCAUUGCAACUCGUUGAGGACAUCAUUAUACUUGUUAUUAAGCGGCAUCAUCUCUUUCCCCGGGAUUUCGUAGAGACAGUUUGUCUGGAUUCAUCCUGUCAACACUAUCAUCAUGUUAAGUUUGAGAUUGGUUUUAGGGGCGUGCCUGGUUAGCAUCUGCGCCGCCCAUGUUAGACUGACUUUCCCUCAAGCGAGGACCUUCGCUCUGGACUUUCUGGACAACGUCCGUACCAGUGGCCCUUGUGGCAUGGAACCAAGCGCAGAUGGACCCGUGACUGUCUUUGCCCCUGGUGACGUCAUCAAUGUGACAUGGCACUUGGCUUACUCUCAUAGGGGAGGUAAUCGUCUGGAGAUCAUCAACCGAAACGAUGACGUGGUCCUAGCCAAUCUCACUGGGCCAACCUACUUUGUCAACGAGAACGAUACCACGGUAUGGAGCCAGGAGGUAACUAUACCCUCCGACAUGGAGGGGGCUUACACCCUCCGGCUGAUCCGACAGGCAGCCGAAUGGGUGACGGGUAACCCCGAUGUACCCUACCUCUUCAGGAGCUGUGCUGACAUCAAUAUCACCGCGGCGGCUACAUGUGACGGCGGGAGAUGUUCAGGAUUCGGGACGUGUAUGAACGGCGUGUGUGAUUGUGAUGCUCUCCACUCAGGCGAGUUCUGCCAAUACGAAGAUGAGUGCAUAAACGAACAGAAUUGUGGAGGAGCGAGCAACGGAGAGUGCGUUGACCUUGGCAUCACGACCUAUCCCAGAAGGCAAUGUUUCUGCAAGCCAGGAUUCUUCGGCAAAGACUGCAUGAAUAUGAAUCCAUCUGGUUUCGAAAAUGCGGAUACCUAUGACCUGAGCAAACAUUUCAAACGAGAGAUCAACCCAAGAUUCACCUUGUACUACAAAGUAAUCCAGGAGAAUAGUGAGAUUGAGAUCGCCGUCGAUGCGAUGAGUACCACAUGGGUUGGCUUCGGAUGGAGACCGUUGAAUCUAGAUGGAAACUGUCAGAAUUGGCCGGUGCACUACACCAAUGGCAGCGCUGUGAGCGAGCCUGAGUCUGAAUCCGAAGCAGAAGCCACCCCAACACCUGCUGUCGCAAGACGUCGACGUAGAUCAUCGGACGAGGUCCGUGUGCGAGUGGCCCGUGACAACCACGACGAUGACGAGGGUCAAGACUGGGAGUGCAUCGUGGGAUCGGGUCCAAGGCCCGAGGGCGAACCAGAACCCGAAGGAACUUCCGAGCCCGCAGCAGAAGGUACUCCAGAACCUGCAGCAGAAGGUACUCCAGAACCUGCAGCAGAAGGAACCGCCGAGCCUGCUGCAGAGCCGACUCCAGAACCUGAAGGUGAACCCGAACCAGGUAGCAAUCUUCACCCUAUGGACUGCAUGGAUUUCACAAUCGGUAUGGUAAGCCAUGGCAAUGUGACACGUAUCCAUGACUACUACACGCGUGACCGGUCGACACCCCGCCUUGAUUCGUUCUACGGAGGUAUGGACAGCUUGGUGGCUGCCAUGGGUUUCCAGUGGGCCGAUGGAAGGACUCGCAUCGUCUUCAGGAAGAAACUCGAAGCGACUGAACAAACCGACCACUCCAUUGCCAACAACGAUGAUAUGAUGGCGAUUUGGUCUCGUGGGCAGGAAUUUGGUCGCUAUGUUCACAACCCACCUAGUGGUCUCGAAGUUUGCCAAGCCAGUGAUUACAUGUUCUACCGCAGGGACGAACUCAAGUACCACGGUACAAGCCCAGAUCAGCGUGGAGUCAUCCCAAACCUCAACUUCUAUGCGGAUCCCAGUGCAAUUUCGGAUAGGUGCGUCACGGAGGAGACCGUUGAGGGCACUAACUGCAAUGGACCUCGCUGUGACAUGCGGGUCACCAUUGAUUACAUAACAGACACUGACAGCUAUGACGUCACAAUCAACACACCAAUAGCCAUGGACCAGUGGACCGGAAUCGGUUUCUCUAGCAACGGAGCUAUGGUUGGUUCUGAUGCUAUCCUUGUAUGGAUAAACGGUGAUGAUGGUAUGAUACAAGUUAAGGACUACCAGCUCAACGGUAAAAGCGUAGCCGGCGUCGAGGAAGAUGCCAACAGCGAUGGACUGACUGUCCUAGAUAUGAACUACCAAGGUGGUAUUCUCAAUGUCAAAUUUAAUCGUCUGCGUAAUACCGGUGACAGCAACGAUUUCGUCUUCACCGAUGAGGACAGCGGCUGCGCCAGGCUGCUGCUUCCCAAGCCCGGGGAAGGGUUCGGAUCCGUCAUGGACGGUGUGGUCCAAUAUCAUGGCAGGACACCCAUGGUCACUGGCAACACAUGUAUCAGGCCGUGCACGUCUCCGAGUACUCCAUCGGUAGGAGAUGGAGGUGGUUCUGCAACAAGCAUAAAACCUCUUCAACCUUUGACCUUUGCCCUGGUGACCUUAGCUUCAAUCCUGUUCUCUCUUCGGCGCUGAAAUCUGGACAUAAAGAGGAGCUAUUCGAGAUCGCCUUAAGCAGUUGAAUCAUUUACAUUUUAUUAGAUUUUUGUUUAAAUAAAAUAUACCAAGAAACGUUGUCUUCUCCUUUAUUUUGUGAUAACGGAGAAAACCCUUUUAAUUUCGACUUACAGUCAUUAAGGAAGUCAUUUAUACCAUAUCAUAAACUGUCAAAUUGAUCGUAGAUUGAUGUUAAUCCGGUAUUUAUUAUCAAUAUUUUAUAGACGAAAAAAACGACGGAUUCAAAAGUUGAAAGGUUGAGUCCAGUAUUUCAUUUACGAGCUUUCUCGCGACCAAAUAUAAACACGCUUCGGCUGUUCAUCUUUUUUGUUUGUCUGUACGGAGUAAUUUAUUAAAUGAUCACAUACAUGUAAAUAAGGUAAUGUUUUUGUUAUGUAAACACUGUAAAAAAAAUCAUUCUUGAUAGCGUGAGAGAAUUUAUAUGAAUUCAUUAAAAAUAGAAUGUAAGUUUGUUGUUUAGCUGAAUCACAAUUAAAAAGAAUGGCAAAUGAAGCUGAUGUGUAGUCUUUAUAAAUGAUGUUUUUUCAUUAAUUCUUUCAUCUUACAGCAACCAAACUAAUGCCUGGUGCAUACGAGGUCGAUUACCCUUUUUCUGAAUGUAGAGAUUUAUCUAUAUAUAUAUACGGAAUGAUUGUCUUAAGUGUCUCACAAUGUUGUAUAAUUAUGUCUUGAUAACGCACACAUACUCAGAUAGUAUACGCUAAUUGCUUGUUCGUUCGCCACAUUACAAUUUUACGCUCUUCAAUGCAAUCCUACGUUUUAAUAAAGAAGUAUUCUUUUAAGGUAUAUAGAAUUUGAUAGAAAACACAAGAAUAUGGAAGAAAUUAUAUAAUUGUUUUGCUUUGGCAAACAGAACAUCAUAAAUAGCGUUUCGAUUCAGUGGCAUCAUUGUAUGAAUAUGUUCACAACAUAUGAUUGUGUAUGUCUACGGAAUCGGUUAAAUAUGUGUUUAUUUUUAUCAAUUUGAGUAGUUGUCGAAUUCUAGGCGAUAGCUGUGAUCAAUUGUAUUUUGUAUGAUUUUUUGUAAAUUAUCGCACAAAAGGACUUUCAUUAGUUUUAAUUAUUGCACAAAAGGACUAUCGUAAAUAUAUAUAUAUAUAUAUAUAUAUAUAAUAUAGCGCAUGUUCAAUUUUAUUAUUGACAAUCUUUGACAACAUGAUUGGAAUAACUGGAUGGUAUAAAUAUCGGUAAAACUGUGUUGAAAGCCUUUGUGUAGAAACUUUGAAAAGAGACCAAAACAUUUUUGUUUUCUUUCUUUCUCAAAUCAAUCCAAAAACAUCAUUAACGUGUGAAAAUAUGAUAAGUACACCCCAGAUUGAAUAAAAUAACAAUACAUAUUAUACAUGAUAUUACUUCUAAUGAUAGAAAUAAUGAUGAUGAUAAUAAUAAUGAUGAUAACAACUUAAUGAUAAUACAAAGAAUCAUAAUUAUAAUAAUGAUAAAAAUAAUAAUAAUUAUUAUAACAAAGGUAAUAAUGAUUAUGAUAAAGUAGCUGUUUUGGCACACAAUACAAAGUAUCAUGUUACCUUUAUAAAUUAUUUGUAAAUUUAUUUCACACAGGUAAUUUGCAGGAUUGACCAAUAGCUGUGAAAGCUAUACAUUCAUAUUUGUAUUCAUGCAUUCAUAUUUCAAGUUUGUUAUUAAAGUCUGCACUAGUCAUUUCGUAAUGUUUUUCUCUGUUCCAACGGGAAUUGGUCACACUUGAAGUCUCUUAGAUAUAGAGUUCCAAUCAAAGCACCUCGGAACUUUUUCGGUAUGGGGGCGGACGGGCGGUGGUAAAAUAUAACGCGGUAAAACCGCCGCGUUAUUUUUGUGCAGAUAGCGUAAAGUGUCAUACGAUUCACACUUCUGUAUCUUAUAACACAGAGCUCAGUGAAAACGCGCAGAACCUUUGUUGCGCGCAGUCGCCAUUUAUAUAAACCGCGGCGGUUGUUUUGUGGGUGUUUACCGCGGCGGUUGUUUUGUGGGUGAUUACCGCGUCAUAUCUGUACGAGCCUUAAGUAAGUGUUUCCAAUUAUUCAGAAUGGACCUCGAUUGAGUAUGAAACGUGGACAACCUAUGUCGACUAGUGUCUUCUACUGUUCAAUCUUUCAACUUUGUAUUAGACAAUAAAUAUACGUUUUCACACAGUA